UAUUUUUCUUAUUUUUCAGUGGAAACAUAACACAAACAAGGUACCAGUUGUCGAUGUCGUCGUAGAUCCUCAGAUCAGCAGGCACUUAAGACCCCACCAGAAUGAUGGUAUCAUAUUUUUAUAUGAAUGUGUGAUGGGCUAUAAGGUCCCAAAUAGUUUCGGGGCUAUACUGGCUGACGAAAUGGGUCUUGGCAAAACUCUUCAGUGCAUUGCUUUGGUGUGGACGUUGCUCAAGCAGGGGCCAUAUGGAAGGAACCCCAUUGUGAGGAAAAUCUUAGUUGUCACACCCUCGAGCCUUUCGACAAACUGGGCCAAAGAAUUUAAGAAGUGGCUGGGUAAAGAAAAACUGAGUGUGUUUAUUGUUGACCAGAAUAAUAAGGUCGAACAGUUUACAGGAUAUCAUGAUAAACCUGUGAUGAUAAUUUCCUAUGAGAUGUUUGUCCGAAGUGCCGAGGCUAUUGAAGCUCUGAAGUUUGAUCUUCUAUUGUGUGAUGAGGGACACCGUUUGAAGAAUGCUAACAUCAAGACUACUUCGUUAUUAACAAACCUCAGCUGCAAGAGACGAGUGAUUCUCACUGGAACUCCUGUUCAAAAUGAUUUGAAAGAGUUUUAUGCUUUAGUUGAAUUCGUCAAUCCCGGAGUUUUUGGUUCCCCCCUCUCAUUUCGUCAUGUGUAUGAAGAUCCAAUCCUUGCCUCACAACAGCCUGGAGCAUCAGCAGAAGAAAAGGAAUUGGGUGCUAAUCGGGCAUCUCAGCUGAAUCAGAUAACUUCAUUAUUCAUCUUGAGAAGAACGCAGGAAAUUAUCAGCAGGUAUCUUCCUCCAAAGGUCGAAUUUGUGGUAUUUUGUCAACCUUCAGAGACACAGCUAAUGCUCUAUGACCGCAUUGUUGGAUGCAGAAGUAUGCGUCAGUUGCUGAACAGCAUGGAUUCUUGUGAUCACUUAUCAGCAAUCUUAGCACUGCGGAAGCUUUGCAACCACCCAGCGUUAUUGGCUCAACCUAAAGAUCAUGAAGGGCAUGGUGAUUUGAAGAGAGAAAUUGCAAAUUUCCUGCCCAGUCAUGUGCAGCCAAACCAAUUUGAGGAAACUGACAGCGGUAAACUUGCAGUUGUCUCUUGCAUGUUAUGGUCUUUGGUCGAAACGGCAAGAGAGAAGAUGGUCAUAGUAUCAAAUUACACAAGUACUCUUGACAUGCUCUCCCAGCUUUGUAAAAAAUACAACCAUCCACUUCUGCGACUUGACGGGUCAACGCCAUCCUCCAAACGUCAGUCUUUAGUCGAUACGUUCAAUGAUCCUCACUCCGAGACUAGAGUUUUUCUUUUGAGUGCAAAAGCUGGAGGUGUUGGACUGAAUCUGAUAGGAGCUUCGAGAAUAAUACUCUAUGACAUCGACUGGAAUCCUGCUACUGAUCUGCAGGCUAUGGCCAGGAUCUGGAGAGAUGGACAAAAGAGGAGAGUUUAUAUCUACAGGCUGCUAAUGACUGGAUCCAUGGAUGAAAAAAUAUUCCAACGACAAAUCAAGAAGCAGAAUCUGAGUGGUGCCGUCGUAGAUGCCCGUGAAUCUGAGAGAGUGCAUUUUUCCACUGCAGAACUCAAGGAUUUGUUCACGAUGCACAGUGAUACAGCAUGCCUCACCCAUGAUCUUUUGAAGUGCAGGUGCGACUGUUCUGGAGAAGUGUCGCAAGUUGAUGAACAAUCCUCUGAACCCGAGUCAGAACGAGUAUGCCAGUUGGGUAAGGUUGGAAAUUCUCCAAGAACCUUCAACACUACGAUGGACCAGCUCCAUAACUGGUCUCAUAUUGGACAGCCAAUUAACCCAGAUGUCAUUAGGGACCAGUGUUUAGUAGCAGCAUCUGACUUCAUAACAUUUGUUUUUCGUAAUGAAUCAAGCCAAAAGGAAACACAGAUUUGAUCAUAUAAAAAUAUUUAUGUACAUUUGCAGAUACAAGUAGAACAUAAAUGAAAAGGGAAAAAUAUAUUAUUUUCAAGUACCA